AAGCAAAGGAUAUGGGUCCAAAUCCUAUUCCUACUCACUGCAAGGUACUGAUCAAGGUGUUAGAUGUCAAUGACAAUGCACCAAAUUUACAAGUCACAUCUGCUUCUCAAAAUUCUGAGGAAAUUGUGGUUUCAGAGGCUGUUCCUUUGGGAAGUUUUGUAGCUCUAGUAAUGGCCACUGAUCCUGAUUCAGGUGCCAAUGGUCAGGUACAUUGCCAUCUUUUACAAGAACAUGGCCAUUUUAAGUUACAGAAAUCCAAUGGUAACAGUUAUAUUUUGAAAACCAAUGCUUUGCUAGAUAGAGAGAAAUGGGAGGAAUACAAUCUGACCAUCCAAGCACAAGAUCAAGGAACCCCAACCUUUACAUCCAUGAAAUCAUUAAAGAUUCGUGUUAGUGAUGCUAAUGACAACCCUCCAAUUUUUGAAAAGAUCAGCUAUGAAGUCUCACUCAUGGAAAAUAAUCACAUACCUACCCAUCUACUUAAAGUACAUGCCCAGGAUAUAGAUUUGGGUGCUAAUGCUGAAGUUACAUACAGUAUUAUUGACUCUUAUAUUUCAGGAACUCCAGCCUCGAGUUGGGUCUCGAUUAACUCCAGUAGUGGGGAUAUAUUUGCCUUGAAAACCUUGGAUUAUGAACAAAUGUCUGAAAUACAAUUUCUUGUCCAGGCACAUGAUAAUGGCCACCCAAAACUGAACAGUAAUAUUUCAGUCAGAGUAUUUCUGAAAGACCAAAAUGACAACAAACCAGUAAUUGUACAACCCCCUCUAAAAGGUGGACGUGCAACUAUCACUAUUCUGGUGAAUGCAGAAACUGGUCAUUUGCUGUCCUCCAUGGACAAGAUAAUUUCACAGGAUGGAAAACACUAUACAUUUGGAAAAAGCUUUGCAGGACCUCAUGAAAUUGCAGCAGACCUAUCUCAUCACAACAUGCACCAGAUUCUUCACGUAGUAGCCACAGAUGCAGAUUCAAAUCAAAAUGCUGAACUUCUCUAUCAUCUAGCAAACAAUCAUUAUGGUUUAUUUGCUAUAGACACUAAUCUGGGUUUUAUAUAUGCAAAUGUAAGCAAUGGCAGUCACCUUAUAGGAAAUGCUUUAGAUAUGGAGGUCAUUGUUAGAGAUAAUGGAAACCCUCAGCUAGAAGCCAAAGCUUUAUUGACCAUCAUGUUUAGUAGUCAUUUGGACCACUUAAAAAAUUCAGCUAAUGGAUCUAGUGGAAAAUUAAGCCUAUCUAUGGUGAUUGUUAUCUGCCUGGCAGUUCUUCUGGCUGUGUGUCUUCUUGUUUUGGCUCUUGUCAUGUCUUUUUGUCGAGUAGAUAGGAAAGAUAACAGAGCCUACAACUGCAGGAAAGAAGAGUCUGCUUACAGGCAUCAGCCAAAAAGGCCCCAAAGACUGAUUCAGAAGGGUGACAUCCAUGUAGUUCCCGUGAUGAGAGGAAGACAGCCACAGGCUGGAACUCCACCUGACACUACCAAAACAUUUGUUGCAUCAGAUGAAUUAAAAGAAAUUCCAGAAGAUGAUUCCCUCACUACGCCUUUUCACCUAACACCUACUCUUUACCGUACUCUAAGGAACCAACAUAAUCAUGACAUUUUUCAUGAAGACACUCAGGACUUGGAGGAAUCUUUUUCUUUGCCUCCUUCUGUAUGCCGGACACUGCAGUACCAAAGACAAAGAAGUUACUCUAGAGAGAAUCUUCAAGACUUUCACAGCACUCUCCCUGCUUCCAAAACCUUAAAGAACCCAGGCAGCCCCCAAGUGAGACUCAUUAGUGACCCUGUCUCUUCUGAACCCCUGCUUUACAACAAUGGUGAAUUCUCACCAGCCACCUCUCCAACUCUGAGACGUUCCAAGCGUGCAGAAGAAGCAUCCCGUGAGCAGAUCUUACAGAACCUAGUACGACUGUCCAUGGUUGCUUUAGCAGAGAAAGAAGCAGUGGAACUCACUAUGCAGUCUCCUCACGUUCAGGUAAACUUUAUAUUGCUCUGUGGUGGACAUGUUCCUGUAUAGUAUUUGUUAGAUAAUCAUGUCUCUAAUGCCAUAAACGAUAUUUAUUGUUGUAGAGUCUUGUAUUCUCGCAGUGAUAUGCAAGCGCAACAGACCCCUUUUAUGAUAACUGAAAACCAUCCUUGGAAUCCAAAUGAUUAACUGCCUCCCCUAUAACCUAAACAUUGUCAACCAUCUUCACAAUCCAAAAUUUAACUCUCAUGCCUUAGAUUCAGAAAUCUACACUUAAACAUGCAUGUAACUGCAUCCUCAAUUUAUUUACAUUAGUGGAGUUAGGAGAGAAUUGGUAGGUGCAAUGUGGUUUUAAACGUAUGAUAAUUGUCAAACCAAAAUAACAGAGGUUCCGUCUUUGUCUCACAUACAGUUGGUAUUUUGAAACUCAAGGUUUUAAACAUUUGUAUUUAGAUCACUUAGAGGUGGAAAUCCUACUCACAAAAUGCCAUCGAUUGGAC